ACCCAUUUUUUUGGGAGGCAAAAUUGAAACCCUCUGCUCGGUUGAAGGAAACUACGCCAGAGCAGAUUCCGUGGUCAUUGGCAGCUCCAAAAACUCCAAGGCGUAAAUGAACGGGGCGGUGGGGUUGCCAUUGCCGGCAAAUUCGUCGCCAUCAGUGAUCAACAUGUACAGAAUACAAAAGGUCACGGAGCGCUUGGCUUGGCUUGCUCAACCUGGCAACCGAGGCGAUCCUAAAGAAUUUUAUAACCACUGCCUCUCCCUCUCUCGAGGCAUUGAUUAUGCACUGGCCAAUGGGGAAAUUCCAAGCAAUGCUCACGAGCUGCCUUUGCUGGUGAAGCAGAUUUGUCAACUAAAGAAUGAUGAACUUUCGCAAGCUGCUAUGAUGGUGUUGAUGAUAUCUGUAAAGGGUGCCUGUGAAAUUGGAUGGUUCCAAACGAAAGAAUCACAAGAACUUCUUACUAUUUUGGAUGAGAUCGGAAAAGUCUACAGCAGUAUGGGGAGUAUAAAUGCCACAUCUAGACAAUGCAGUUCUGAAAUAUCAACUAUAAUGGAGAAGUUCUAUCCCCAUGUUAAAUUGGGUUCAAUACUUGCAUCAAUUGAGAUCCAGCCUGGAUAUGGAGCUUCUCUGGUUGGUUUUCAUAUUACCAAGAGUGAAUUUGUUAAAGAGAAACUUUUUUUAUUGGUGGCACAGAUAGAUAACAUUGAGAUAUCAGCAUGCCUCAUAAGUCCUCCGCAAGCGAAUUUUCUCCUCAAUGGAAAAGGAAUAGCCAAUAGGACCUAUGUUGAAAUGGAUCCUGGACCACAAAUGCCAACUGAUGUGACUGCUAUGCUUAAAUUUGGGACAAAUCUUCUUCAAGCUGUGGGCCAGUUCAAUGGUCGUUACAUUGUACUCGUUGCCUAUAUGAGUUUUACACCCUUGCAUGAAGAUCCAGUUCUUCAAGAUUAUCUCCAGCCUGCUGUUACCUCUAUUGAUUUUGAUUCAGAUAUUGUUGAGGGGGCUUCACAGAUUUCGCUAAAUUGUCCAAUAAGCUUUACACGUAUUAAGACUCCUGUCAAAGGGCGAUCAUGCAAACAUUUCCAGUGUUUUGACUUUAACAACUUCAUUAGUAUCAAUUCUAAAAGGCCAUCCUGGCGCUGCCCUCAUUGCAAUCAGUAUGUCUGUUAUGCUGAUAUUCGACUUGACCGAAACAUGGUUGAGAUCCUGAAAAAUGUUGGUGAGAGCAUUACGGAAGUGAUUGUCCUUGCUGAUGGAUCUUGGAAGGCAGUCUCGGAAAAAGAUCAUGAUGUGGAUAAGAUGCAAAAGAAGGCUCCCAACCAUGAAAAGGAACAAACUGAACCACAAGAAUAUACUUGCUCUCCUGCAACUGUUGACCUCACCGAAGAUGAUGAUCAUGUGGAGGCAAUGGACUCUUCUGAAAUUGUAGAUAGAAAACCUCUCCUGGCAUCUAUUCAAAGUCACUUUGUCGCUCCAAAUUCAACUUCCUUGGGUAUGAACACUCCUGGUAUUAAUCGAAAUGUUGCUGGUCAAAUGGAUGACUUUUUGUCUGGGGUUUAUAUUGCCUGUAGUAGGUCUGAUACCCCAAUGGUUGGUACCUUGGAGCUACCUAUUCUGCCCGACACUAUUUCUCCAGCAUUUAAUCAGGAAUCUGCAGGUCGUGACAAUAACCCUGCAGUUAACUCUGGCAUGCGUAAUCAAAUUUCAGGACCAAACAAUUUACCGAUGCAGAUGAAUCAUAUGAAUUCAGUUAACGAGUAUGGUAGGUCGUCCUCGGUGCCAAGACAUAUUAAUAGAACUCCAGUAGCUGUUCAGGCCCUCCCAGUCCAAUCUCAGGCAUCGGGAGAUACUUUGAAAGCCAUACUUAGUGAUACUGAAAGACAGCAACGUUUUUCUCGAUCCCCAAUGAAUCUGCCUCAGGUCUCAGGUGUGAAUUCACCUGCAUUUCGGCAUCACAAUGCAACACAGAGUCGGGUACCAUUACAGAACCCGCCAACAUCAACUCAAUCGCAGAACCCAUACAGACCUGGUUCGUUAUCUGAUUUUAGAAAUUCACACCUGCAGCAAUCUCUGAAUAUUCGGCCAUCUCGACAGCAUUCAAAUUUCCGACCAUCUACUACCCCAUGGUCUCACAUCCAGCAAAGUGUUCCACAAUCUGGGAAUUUACAGGCUGCAGGCAUGGCUGCUCCACCGGCUGCCAGACAAGGUAUUUCCAAUGCUAGGAAUGUUUCGCCAGCUGCUACCACUGCUCAUAGCCAACAAUCUAGGGGUUUGGCCGCUAAUCAGCCUCCUAGAUGGACACCACUAGUUCCGGUCCAAAAUCAAAGCGGUGCUGCAGGCACACCUUUUGUAACUGACAGUUUCCAGGGAAGAGGAAACACAGCACAUUCAGUCUCUAGGCCUGAUGAAUUAUUCAGUACGCAACCAGAACAGAAUUGGGCUCCCACUGGACGAAUGCGUGGAAGUCUAGAUUUAAGUCAGCCUUACGACGAAUCUAUUGCGCAGCGAAUAAUUACUCCAACACAAACCCAAGGUUCAAGACCACCACCUCCACAACCUCUCCGACGAGCCACUGGGUCGACCCAACAGGAUGUGCUUAUUGCUAACAAUAGAAAUGCAAAUGCUCACAAUCGUCCUUCCACUUGAUGACACUUGUGCAACUCUCCACUUUCUCAUAGCCUUCAUCACAGCACUGUCUGUCUGUAUAUAGACUUAUCUAGUAUAACAGAUACAGAGAAUUACAUUCACAA